AAAGCGUCAAGGAUGUGAUUGGAAGGAAGAUAAAGAUUUCUGUGAAAAAGAAAGUUAAGCUUGAAGUUAAGAGCGACAAAGUAGAUAAUAAAAUAUUGGAGAAUAAUGAAGAAAGUAAUUAUGGAGCCCCCAGACAGGCUGGCUAAUCUGCAGACUCUAUGGGACAGUCAAACUGUAGGAGAAUUAGGCCCAUGUGGUGGUUUUUCUCAAAUGUAUGCAUGCGUUUGUGACUGGCUGGGCUCUCCAUAUAGGGAAGAAGUGCAGUGGGAUGUUGAUACCAUUUAUCUGACUCAAGAUACCAGGGAAUUAAAUUUGCAAGACUUUAGCCAUCUUGACCACAGUCCACUGAUGUUUGUGAGCAGAUCCUAAGAGUUGUGAGCAGAUCCUAUAGAUUGGAAGAGCUAGUACUAGAAAAUGCUGGUCUUAGGACAGAUUUUGCACAGAAGCUGGCCAAUGCUCUAUCCCACAAUCCCACCUCAGGACUUCAUACAAUUAAUCUCGCUAACAACCCUCUAGAGGACAGAGGAGUAUCUUCAUUAAGUAUUCAGUUUGCCAAACUACCAAAGGGGCUGAUGCAUUUAAAUUUAUCUAAAACCUCAUUAUCACCUAAAGGGGUGAACAGCCUUUCACAAUCACUGAGUGCCAACCAGCUGUUAGCUACCACUCUCACCCACCUUGAUCUCUCAGGAAAUAUUCUUCGAGGUGACGAUCUUUCAUCCCUGUGUAAUUUUUUGGCUCAGCCAAAUGCCAUAAUUCAUCUGGAUUUAUCAAAUACAGAGUGUGCAUUAGACAUGUUGUUUGGAGCACUUCUUCAUGGCUGCCUUCAGCAUCUUGCCAUCCUAAAUCUGUCAAGGACAAUUUUUUCACACAGAAAGAGCAAAGAAAUGCCCCCAUCCUUCAAGCAAUUUUUCAGCAGUUCACUUGCUUUAAUGCAAAUCAAUCUUUCAGGAACUAAACUUGCACCUGAGCCUCUAAAAGCUCUCUUACUUGGUCUUGCUUGUAAUCAAAAUUUGAAGGAGGUGUUUCUAGAUCUGAGUAACUGUGAGCUAAGAUCAGCUGGUGCGCAGGUUUUAGAAGGAUGCAUAGCAGAAAUUCAUAACAUUGCCAGCCUUGAUAUUUCAGACAAUGGCCUAGAGUCUGAUCUUUCAACACUUAUAAUCUGGCUUAGUAAAAAUCGAUCAAUAAGACACUUGGCAUUGGGCAAAAAUUUUAACAACAUGAAAUCCAAAAAUCUGUCUCCUGUACUUGAUAAUUUAGUACAGAUGAUUCAAGAUGAAGAUUCACCUUUGCAGUCUCUCUCUCUAGCAGAUUCUAAACUGAAAACAGAGAUUACUAUCAUUAUCAAUGCACUGGGCAGCAAUACAUCCCUUACAAAAAUUGAUAUUAGUGGAAAUGCUAUGGGUGACAUGAGUGCAAAGAUGCUUGCAAAGGCUCUUCAGAUAAACACCAAACUCAGAACUGUUAUAUGGGACAAAAACAACAUCACUGCUCAGGGAUUCCAGGAUAUAGCUGUGGCACUGGAAAAAUAGAAAAUUAUUUGCUUCGAAAUCAUGAAACCCGAAAAUAUCUACAAGAGCAAGCAUACAGACUACAGCAGAGCAUAGUUACUAGCACAACACAACAGAUGAUAGACAGAAUAUGUGUCAAAGUACAAGAUCAUCUCAACUCUUUAAGAAAUUGUGGAAUUGACACAAUACAAGAGGAUCUGAAAUCAGCUGAAAGACUUAUGAAGGAUGCUAAGAAUUCUAAAACAUUAUUACCAAACCUGUAUCAUCUUGGUGGAGCUUCAUGGGCAGCAGCAAAUGGUUCAUUAUCCAAUCCAAUUCAGGAGAUCCUAGAAUCUAUGGCUGGGGAAGUUACAAAGGUUGUUGAUGAUCAGCUCAAGACAUUGCUUGAGUCAAUGGUAGAUGCAGCUGAAAACCUGUGUCCAAGUGCAAUGAAGAAAGCACAUAUAAGGCAAGACUUGAUUGAGGCAUGUACUGAAAAAAUUUCCAUUCCUCGGACCUUUGUUAAAAAUGUCCUUUUGGAGCAGUCGGGAAUGGAUAUCCUUAAUAAAAUUAGGCUGAUCAUUUGACCAGGCGAGGUAAACCCUUGCCUCACCAGGAAUCAUUGGACAUUGAGUUAGCAGAGGAUAAAUCUACUAAACGAUCUAUCAUUACAGUUGAGGAGCUAACUGAACUGGAACGCUUUGAAGACCUAGAUACAUGUAUGGUAAGACAUCUGUAAUCUUUGACUAAAUCUCUUAAACUUUCUAGCUCAUUCAGACACCCACUUUUCAACAUAGAAAUAUACUAUAGCGAUUAUAAAAAAAAGUUAUAGAUAAAUAGAUGAUAAACUUUUUUUUCAUAUUUACUUUCCUAAAUGUUUAUGGUAUUUGGUAUAUUACCAUUUAUCAUAUAUCUGAAUGUUGACAUCUUUGUAUUGAUUGCCUCCAGAAAUUAGUUCAUAUUAUUUUCAGUAUAUGUUGAUUUAAGUGGACCUAACUUUUUGUAUGUUUAUAAAAGUUAUCACCCAAAUAUUGGUAAUUUGUUAUUAGAAAUCCUUAUAAAUCCUAACUGUGGUUAUUUUUUAAUUCAGGCAUGCUAUAUGUUCUUGCUCAUAAUACUAAAUGAAUUAAACUUUAUGGAUGUUUUAUCCUUGGUAGUAAUUCACAAUAAGGAACAUACGAAUCUUAGAUUUUGGAGCUCAUUAGGGAACUUCCCCCAAAAUUAAUAUUAAAAAUAAUUUUAAUACAGUAGGGAAUGUUCAUAAAUAUAUGACAAGAAUAAUGUUAUAUUAAAUAUAUUAGCUAUAAAUUGAAUUAAAUUUAUCUUUAAUCUUGGUCCUGCCAUUUUUUUUUUAUCCUGGGUUCACCUACUACUUGGAAUAAAUACCAAUCAAAUGAGGGCUUUAACCCCUCAUAUUUUCCUACAAGUAUCUGCUAUAUUUUAUAGAAAUCUAUCAUAAUAAAACUGUUACUUGUUAAGGUACCAUGAACUUCGUUUACAGUUUUUUUGUGCUAAAUAUUGCAAACUGAUUAAGAUUUUAUCUGUAUAAAACAGAACUGAAAUAAAAUAAUCAAAAGUAAUUAUGCAGAUAGUAUAAACUGUGUGUAUUGUGCUGCUGAUGGGUUUUGGCAUCUACUACUAAUUAUCUGUAAACAAAGGCACAUCAUUGUUGUUCUUUAUGGCUACUAUAUUCAUAAAUCAGAAGUGUUAUGUGUACACUAGUAUAUUAGAUUUUUCACAAAAGAAUUAAGUACCUUGUAAAAAAAAUCCAGAAUAUAGGAAAUGUUCCAACAACCUGACUAAAUGUG